GAUAAAAUCUCACGACUGCCCAUCACUGUGCCCAACACUGGUUUUGACAAAUCAAAGCGAAUCUGCGCAACAGGAAUGAAAAUUCGUUUGUCGGUAUUACUGUUCUCUUGUGAAAUAAAUUUACAAAGCAUGACAAUUUCAUUGGUUAUGUUUUAAAAUUUAUGUUUUUAUAUGAGUAAUAUGUAUUAAUUUAACUUAAUAUUACUAAAUAUAUAUACAUAAGGUUUAUGAAAAUAAGUGAUUAUUGAAUACAAAAUAAACGAUACAGAUAAAGUGUUGAUACAUUUAUUCAGCACAAAAAAUAUGGAUAUCAGUGAUGAACAAAUCUUUGAAUCUCGCAUGAUAAAUGCAUGUAUUAUGGGAUAUUUGGAAGUUGUUAAUGAAUAUCUUGAAUCACAUAACAUAAAUGACUGUUUAUAUACUGGAUGGACACCACUUUUAUAUGCUGCAUCAGGUGCACAAGUAGAAAUUAUUGAUAUCCUUAUAAAAAAUGGAGCUGAUGUUAAUAAACAUAAUGAUGGAUAUACCCCAUUAAUGAUAUUAUGCAAUUGCUCACAAAAUACAAUGGAAAAUCGUAUAACAUGUCUAACACUACUUAUAAAAGCAGGAGCUGAUGCAAAUGCAAGCAAUAAGCAAAAGCAGACACCUUUGAUGCUUGCUUGUAUGUCACAAGAACCAGAAUUUGUAACAGAAUUAAUGAAACACAUAAAAAAUAUUAAUGCAUUUGAUAAUAGGAAGCAAACUGCUAUGAUGUAUGCAGUAAUAGCUAAUAAACCAGAAAUAGUUCAACUGUUAAUUGAAAAUGCAGCUGAUGUUACAUUAACUGAUAAUAAUGACUUGACUGCUAAAGAUAUAGCUUCUAUGAAAGGAUACGAUAAAAUUCUAUCUUUAUUCAAUUGUGAUGAAGAAGAAGACAUGCAUAUUUAUGAAAUAGCUAAAAACUAUUAUUGGAUGGAUAUGUUUCCAUCAUUAAAUAACAUCAAUAAUGAAACUAUAGAUUUCGAUAUAUAUACAAUUUUACAAGGAAUGUGCUUAGAAAAGUAUAGUCACAUCUUUCAAGGGAUAAAUCUUAAAACAUUCUUGACAUUGACAGAACAUGAUCUCUCUCUUUUAGGAAUAGAAAUUAAUGCACACAGAAUUCAGUUCAUAGAAAAUCUUCAUAAGUUUCAUAGGAAAAAGUGGAGUAUACAAAGUAUUGGUGGAAUCAAUAAGUCUUUACCUUAUACGCUAUAUGAUGGCAUAAUUUCUUUAGGUACAGUUGCAAAACAAAUUGCAAUUAUCGGUACUAGUUUUCAAUAUAUUAAAAAUGAUAUACUAAAAGCAAACAACAAUAAUGUAUAUUUAACCAAAGAACAAAUGUCUGGUUAUGAAGAGGAACUUAAAAGAACGCAGAAAACUCUACACAUGCUCAAGAAAGAACUUAUACGAAUGAAAACACUCUCAAAAAACAUUCAAAAGGAAAAUAAUAUCGGUGUACCAGCAACACAUAUUAGUCCAAAAAAACGUGGGAUUAAUUGGUCUAUAUUUUUAAGUGUUACACUAAUUGUAGGAAUAUGCUUUUCUAAAACAAUGUGCAUUCAGAGAUUAAUGACUUAAUAAAACUGUGAUAUCAUUUAUAACUGUAAUAACUGUAACUUUAUACUGUAACUUUUGUUUAUAACUGUAACUUUUGUACAAUAAAUU